UUUUCCCUCUCCCUUUCCCUAAGGUAGGCGUGAAGCGGGUAAGAGUCGGGGUGGGGUGGCUGGGGGCUCUCCGUGUCCGCCGGGAGGGGACAACGACAGCGACAGGGGCUGUGGGAAGCCGGCGGCGCGCCUUUCUUGCUCGCUCCCGCUUUGCCUCCCUCCGCGCUGCGUAUGUGAGCCGCCUGAUCGGCGGCCGCCAUGUUAGGAGCGCAGUGGCGGCGCAACCAGCCUUCUCGGGCGGUGGAGAGUUGUCUGCUGGUUCUCAGCUUGAAGAAGAUUCUGCAGUCCUUAUUGAUCCUUUUUCUUGGCGUUACCAUUUUUUUGAAGCAAAGUUAACCUAGCUUUCUAGUUUGAGCUUUCUUUUUGGCCGUCUUUUAAAAAAUUUUUUUUUAAAUCUAUAAAAUAGACAAGAGCUAGUUCCACAAUGUCCAAGUCAUUCCAGCAGUCAUCUCUCAGUAGGGACUCACAGGGUCAUGGGCGUGACCUGUCUGCGGCAGGAAUAGGCCUUCUUGCUGCUGCUACCCAGUCUUUAAGUAUGCCAGCAUCUCUUGGAAGGAUGAACCAGGGUACUGCACGCCUUGCUAGUUUAAUGAAUCUUGGAAUGAGUUCUUCAUUGAAUCAACAAGGAGCUCAUAGUGCACUGUCUUCUGCUAGUACUUCUUCCCAUAAUUUGCAGUCUAUAUUUAACAUUGGAAGUAGAGGUCCACUCCCUUUAUCUUCUCAACACCGUGGAGAUGCAGACCAGGCCAGUAACAUUUUGGCCAGCUUUGGUCUGUCUGCUAGAGACUUAGAUGAACUGAGUCGUUAUCCAGAGGACAAGAUUACUCCUGAGAAUUUGCCCCAAAUCCUUCUACAGCUUAAAAGGAGGAGAACUGAAGAAGGCCCUACCUUGAGUUAUGGUAGAGAUGGCAGAUCUGCUACACGGGAGCCACCAUACAGAGUACCUAGGGAUGAUUGGGAAGAAAAAAGGCACUUUAGAAGAGAUAGUUUUGAUGAUCGUGGUCCUAGUCUCAACCCAGUGCUUGAUUAUGACCAUGGAAGUCGUUCUCAAGAAUCUGGUUAUUAUGACAGAAUGGAUUAUGAAGAUGACAGAUUAAGAGAUGGAGAAAGGUGUAGGGAUGAUUCUUUUUUUGGUGAGACCUCGCAUAACUAUCAUAAAUUUGACAGUGAGUAUGAGAGAAUGGGGCGUGGUCCUGGCCCCUUACAAGAGAGAUCUCUCUUUGAGAAAAAGAGAGGCGCUCCUCCAAGUAGCAAUAUUGAAGACUUCCAUGGACUCUUACCGAAGGGUUAUCCCCAUCUGUGCUCUAUAUGUGAUUUGCCAGUUCAUUCUAAUAAGGAGUGGAGUCAACAUAUCAAUGGAGCAAGUCACAGUCGUCGAUGCCAGCUUCUUCUUGAAAUCUACCCAGAAUGGAAUCCUGACAAUGAUACAGGACACACAAUGGGUGAUCCAUUCAUGUUGCAGCAGUCUACAAAUCCAGCACCAGGAAUUCUGGGACCUCCACCUCCCUCGUUUCAUCUUGGGGGACCAGCAGUUGGACCAAGAGGAAAUCUGGGUGCUGGAAAUGGAAACCUGCAAGGACCUAGACACAUGCAAAAAGGCAGAGUGGAAACUAGCAGAGUUGUUCACAUCAUGGAUUUUCAACGAGGGAAAAACUUGAGAUACCAGCUAUUACAGCUGGUAGAACCAUUUGGAGUCAUUUCAAAUCAUCUGAUUCUAAAUAAAAUUAAUGAGGCAUUUAUUGAAAUGGCAACCACAGAGGAUGCUCAGGCUGCAGUGGAUUAUUACACAACCACACCAGCGUUAGUAUUUGGCAAGCCAGUGAGAGUUCAUUUAUCCCAGAAGUAUAAAAGAAUAAAGAAACCUGAAGGAAAGCCAGAUCAGAAGUUUGAUCAAAAACAAGAGCUUGGACGUGUGAUACAUCUCAGCAAUUUGCCCCAUUCUGGCUAUUCUGAUAGUGCUGUUCUCAAGCUUGCUGAGCCUUAUGGGAAAAUAAAGAAUUACAUAUUGAUGAGGAUGAAAAGUCAGGCUUUUAUUGAGAUGGAGACAAGAGAAGAUGCAAUGGCAAUGGUUGACCAUUGUUUGAAAAAAGCCCUUUGGUUUCAGGGGAGAUGUGUGAAGGUUGACCUGUCUGAGAAAUAUAAAAAACUGGUACUGAGGAUUCCAAACAGAGGCAUUGAUUUACUGAAAAAAGAUAAAUCCCGAAAAAGAUCUUACUCUCCAGACGGCAAAGAAUCUCCAAGUGAUAAGAAAUCCAAAACUGAUGGUUCCCAGAAGACUGAAAGUUCAACCGAAGGUAAAGAACAAGAAGAGAAGUCCGGUGAAGAUGGUGAGAAAGACACAAAGGAUGACCAGACAGAGCAGGAACCUAAUAUGCUUCUUGAAUCUGAAGAUGAGCUACUUGUAGAUGAAGAAGAAGCAGCAGCCCUGCUAGAAAGUGGCAGUUCAGUGGGAGACGAGACCGAUCUUGCUAAUUUAGGUGAUGUGGCUUCUGAUGGGAAAAAGGAACCUUCAGAUAAAGCUGUGAAAAAAGAUGCAAGUGCUUCAGCAGCAGCAAAGAAAAAGCUUAAAAAGCGUCGUUUCCCAGGGAGUAUGGAAGGUUUUGUCACUCUAGAUGAGGUUGGUGAUGAGGAAGAUUCGGAACUUCAGAAACUUCGUAAAUCGGGCAUGGCAUUUAAAUCUGGUGACAAAAAUGAUGAUGGUUUGGUUGAAAUUAAGGUGGACAAGAUCGAGGAACUUGAUCAAGAAAACGAAGCAGCGUUGGAAAAUGGAAUUAAAAAUGAGGAAAACACAGAACCAGGUGCUGAAUCUGCUGAGAACGCUGAUGAUCCCAACAAAGAUACAAGUGAAAACGCAGAUGGUCAAAGUGAUGAGAACAAGGAGGACUAUACAAUCCCAGAUGAGUAUAGAAUUGGACCAUAUCAGCCCAAUGUUCCUGUUGGUAUAGACUAUGUGAUACCUAAAACAGGGUUUUACUGUAAGCUGUGUUCCCUCUUUUAUACAAAUGAAGAAGUUGCAAAGAAUACUCAUUGCAGCAGCCUUCCUCAUUAUCAGAAAUUAAAGAAAUUUCUGAAUAAAUUGGCAGAAGAACGCAGACAGAAGAAGGAAACUUAAGAUGUGCAAGAAGAUUUAAUGAUUUCAAAGAAAAUAAUGGUUCUUCGUUUUUAAUGUUAACCUUUUUUAAAUACAAUACUGAUAGUUAGAAGAAAACUAUUGUACUCUUUUGUUUUAGUGGAGAAAUAAUAGAUGUCUGUUCAUGUGUUAAGUGUUAUAGCAAAAAAAAAAUACACAUAUGGUUAAGUUAAUGAAUAGUUUUUGUUUUAUCAAAAUGGCAAUGGACAGAAGUACUUUGUAGAGAUUGACUUCCUAAGCUACUUAAGACAACUUGCACCACUAAGAAAGAAAUGUAGAACCAUUUGGAAAAAUGAAAUUUAGUAGUUCCAAGUUUCAAAGAAAUGUCAACAUUUUAUUCCAUUCAAUAAAGAACAAAACCAAUAGUAUUUUUAUUACUUUCAUCUGAAACAUUCCAUGUUUUAAUCUGAGCCUUGCAGACUUUGAUUUGGAGUUUGAACCUCUUUUGGUUGCAUUUCAUUUUUGGAGAACUUCAUUAACGUGAGAUUGGCGAUUCAAAUGCAGGUGCAGUUUUCUGUUAAUGUCAUGCUGUUGUUUAGGUAAUAAGAAAUAUUAAGUAAUUGGCUUUAGAUUUUGUAAUUUUUUCCCUGAGUUCCUGCUAGAUUUCGUAUUCUAGUAGUCAAUGUAUUUUCAGUGAAAUGUAAAAAUAUUCCCGUUCUCUUUGACCAGUAUUAAUUUUUGAGAUCUUACUGCUUGUCACUUGAAUCCCAUAAUUGUCAUACAUCUCUGGUAUAAGCAACAUUUGAUUUUUGAAGUGUGUAGACCAUCUCUUCAUAUUUUCAAGAUGUAAUUUUACAUUUCUGCAUUUUUAAAACAGUUUGGCCAUAAUCCUAGAUGCACGCUUCUAAUUCAUGUACCUGCACAUGUGACCUUUGUGAACAGAAAUUUGCAUGUAUAAUUUGUGUUUACUUGUAACUUUCUGGUUAUAUACUGCUUAUAUCUGUGGAUUCAAGUUACUGAAGUGAAUACCAAUAAAAAGAAAACCCUAGGCCAUGUUCAUUGGUUAUACAUGUUUGGAAUGUUAACCAA